GGGCUGAGGAGUGGGUGACGAAGAGCCAUCACCACCAGGAAAAAACACCAGGAGCGUUAAAAUGCACGGACUACAGGGGUCCAUUUGACUGUCAGAUAGACGUUUUGGCAUUUUGAGGAUUUGGUGCUGGUGAGGUGUUUUGGUGAACACUAGCUGAAGACAAUGAAGGUCCUCUGUCAGGCCGAGGUUUCUGGUUUUUAGCCAGUUGGCUGCAUUUCCAGGGAUGUCUAGCUGAGCUAAUCGAGCUAGCUAACAGUUAGCCUGCCCAUUUCGCUACGCUGGUCACUGGGUGCCUCGGACUGCAAGAGGAUAGCUGCUCCAAUUGGAAAGCGAUAUUUUUUUUAAAAAGUCGGAUUGCUACAAGUGCUAUCGUUUGUCGAGUUGUUGACACAGCGGGCUAGCCUUUGUGUUUGUUCAGUAGAUGGACAGUUUGACGGGCGCUCAUUGUCACUGCGCGGGCGUACAGUGUUGGUUUCGGGGCGGCUAGCCUUGUACUCGGCCGGCAGAGGGAUUGGACAAAUGUGGCAGCCAGUGGUGUCCCUCUGUCUCUGGGACCGAAGUUAGUAAAUAGCAAUUAAAAACGGUUUUUUUUUUUACGAGUAUUAUCAGGCUAACUAGCAACGCGGAUUGGUGGAAAUCCAUUAACUUGUUAGCUUGGUUAGCAGCAUUUAGCUCACAGGCUAGUUAACGUCACCCAAACUAAUUCCAGCUCUUUCUGGGAGCUGCAUCAAAUAAAAUGUUUUUUUUACACCUUCGCUUGCCAUCUGAGAUGUUUGCGGACAUGUUGCAUUGCAAAUUUUCUGUGAUCAGCGGUCAAUCCCUGUAGCCUGAGGAUUUACACAAGACUUUGCCUAAGCUGUCAAAUAUUUGACACUUGACAGCAGUUUUACCAUCAACAAGGAAAGGCCAGAGUGUGCACCGAGCAGAAAGCCUCCCCAGCUCCAUUAUCUGGAUAUAACUUAUUGCAAACGGCCUGUUGCUCAUUUAUUUGAUACUUUGUGUGAGGUGUAGCCCGGUGCCCCCUGUCAGACGGGCUUUUCAGCUCAUGCGGUGAUGACUUUAGACUCCAUGAUGGCUUGUUGCCUGAGUGAAGAGGCGAAGGAGUCCAAACGGAUCAACGCUGAGAUCGAGAAACAGCUCCGGCGAGACAAGAGGGAUGCAAGACGGGAGCUGAAACUGCUUCUGCUGGGUACUGGAGAGAGCGGCAAGAGCACCUUUAUCAAGCAGAUGAGAAUAAUCCAUGGGUCAGGCUACACAGAUGAGGAUAAGAAGGGCUUCACCAAACUGGUCUACCAGAACAUCUUCACCUCAAUGCAGGCCAUGAUCCGUGCAACUGAGACACUCAAGAUCCCGUACAAGUACGAGCAGAACAAGAAUAAUGCCCAGGUUGUGCGCGAGGUGGACGUGGAGAAGGUUUCGUCAUUUGAGCAGCCGUACAUCAGUGCAAUAAAGAUGCUGUGGGCUGACCCUGGCAUCCAGGAGGCCUAUGAUCGCAGGAGAGAGUACCAGCUCUCCGACUCAACCAAAUACUAUCUAAGUGAUCUGGAUCGUAUUGCUGAACCGUCCUAUCUACCAACCCAACAGGACGUGCUUAGGGUUCGAAUCCCAACCACUGGGAUCAUAGAAUACCCUUUCGACUUGCAAAGCAUCAUUUUCAGGAUGGUGGACGUGGGUGGUCAGAGGUCAGAGAGGAGGAAGUGGAUCCACUGCUUUGAGAACGUCACCUCCAUCAUGUUCCUGGUGGCGCUCAGUGAGUACGACCAGGUCCUGGUGGAGUCAGACAACGAGAAUCGUAUGGAGGAGAGUAAAGCUCUGUUCAGGACCAUCAUCACAUAUCCUUGGUUCCAAAACUCCUCCGUCAUCCUCUUCCUCAACAAGAAGGACCUGCUGGAGGAGAAGAUCAUGUAUUCUCACCUGGUCGACUACUUCCCAGAGUUUGACGGUCCCCAGCGGGACGCCCAAGCGGGCCGUGAGUUCAUCUUGAAGAUGUUUGUGGACUUGAACCCAGACAGUGACAAGAUCAUCUACUCCCAUUUCACAUGUGCCACCGACACGGAGAACAUCCGCUUCGUCUUUGCCGCCGUCAAAGACACCAUCCUGCAGCUCAACCUCAAAGAAUACAACCUGGUGUGAAAAGAGAAACGGAAACACAGAGGGAGAGGGAGAGAGACCUGCAGCCCCCCCCCCCCCACACACACACACACACACACAAUGCAGAGUCCACUUUUAGAAACACACACAUCUGCAUGAAACACACUGCUGCUUUAAAGAGUCAAACUUCAUACUUUACCAGACCAACACUAUCCACAUUCUGUCUCCACUCUACACUUAGCCCUUUGGUUGUUGGUUUGCCCAUUUAAAAAAAAAAAAAAAAAAGGUUAUCUGUUUUGUGGCUCUAAUAAUUGCUCCUCUUGUACAAACACAAAUAUAACACUCCCUCCAUUUGUCCCCCUCUCUUGGGGUUUUUUAGUCCGCUCCGGGGUUCCUCUUGGCUCUCGGUGCGGCUCACUUUUUUUUCUUUCUUUACACUACAUUAUCACCAGUGUUUGUGUGUUCGAGGUGGGUAGAGGGCCUUCUCUGGGUAAGCUUUUAUGGACAAAGGGCUCUCUCCCCUUCUUCUUAUUUAACCCAUGCAUGCUACACACUACAACAGGACACAAGGCCAAGCUGGACUCCGCUCCUCUGCAAAGGGUAACUAAUUAUGAUGAUAGGAAUAUAGUAUCAGGCAGUGCUGGGGUGCAGUGAGGUACUUGGUCCCACUUGAGUCUUGAAUUUUGUAUUUUAUUUUGUUAACCCUGCCCCAAAUCAGAGCACAGAAGCUCUGUUGAAUGUAAAUAAAGUUUUCAUGCUGCUCACACACAGUGAGGGCUACAUAGAGGUGACUCUCUGCAGACUAAAUAUUCGCAGCUAUGUUAACUUCUUGGUUAUAUUAUUACUGCUGUUCUCCGAUUAAAAUUAAAUUGAAGAUGACUACUCAAAGGAAUGUUUCGUUUUACACUGCCCCUCAUUUUAAAGUGUUAGCAUACAUUAUUAAAACAAAAUUAAAAGACAAGACUACCAGUAUUUACAUACUGUAUACCAACUCCCCUGUCAUUUUGUGUCACAUGGCCAAAUUAAUUCCACCUACUUUUGUUUCUGUAAAUGUAAUUACAUUGCCAGGAUCCUGUUCAUCCCUUAAGUGGUUCAGAUACUAGCAAAACAACUUUGGAAAUUGCCAAAAUUAAGUGCUUAAUUAAUUAAGUGGAUCAUUCAGAUGUUGAUGACAUAACUACUCACUUUGUGUGGCAUUUUUAUGUCGACUGUUGUCUGAAUCACACGUGUAUUAGUACUGUGAUUUCUUUGUUCCCCUCGAUGGUGAGAAUAAUCGUCCUGUGCACAGAUGAUGAUACCAGAUUAGUACAGUGCAAUAGUCAGUCGUAGAUGAAAUAACGUUUUUGCGCUGCCAGUUCGCUUAAUAAGUCACAAGUUGGUCUUGAUCAUCCAUAUGGCUUCUCUCCGUAAUCCACCUUACUUUGCCAUAUUAUUCGGCCAACGUUUGAUAAACUGUAACGGAUAGCAAAAGAGUAAAUAGUUCUUUUUUGUAUGUCUAAUUUAUCAAUCAGAUCUGCGUGUUGUUGAUACAGUAAAUGAGACUUCCUCCGUAGUUUCAGCUCUACGUUUUUCCAACCGAGGAGACAGGAGGAGAUUUUAUACUGCUGUAAAAUAUCAAAACUAUUUUAUGGACAAGUGUUCUAUCUUUCUAAUGAUACUUCAUAUAUUUAGUUGUUGCAGUUCUGUUUUGAAAUGCUUGACAAUGGAAAAAAAAAACACUGUUUCCAUGUCAGGGUUGUGCUUUAUGCAAAUAGGAAAAUGAAAACAGACAAAAAACUUAGUGGUUGAAUAUUUACUGUUAAAGGAUGCUUGCAUUUUUUUUUGUAAUUUUUAAGGAUAUGUGUUGGCUAUUGGUACCAAUCCCAUAUCGUGUCUCUUGCCUGAUAGUUGUUUAAAUAUUCCAUUAAGCUGAGCGUUGAUAGAUGGCUAUUUUUGUCUUCACAAUGUAAUUCAGGUAAGUUUUCAUAACUUUUUCAUCACAAGGGCUACUACUAGCAGCUUUGGUAGAAAUGAAAGGACUCUAUGGAUGGCAUAGAGCAAAAGGUGCAAUUAAUUAACGAGUGUUGGGGUGGGGGGGCUAUGAAUCAAGAGUGUGUUGACAUCCCGUUGAGGGUGAUGGCCGCAGGUUCAGUGAGGGAGGAAUGCAGCAGUCCACAGAUGCCUACACGAUAUUCCCGAGGGAAGUCUGGUGGCUGUUUGGCUCUUUGUUCACCAUCUUUUUGCCUUUUAGAGGAGGAGAAUGGCUAACGUCAAAAGAAGUGGAGUUUCCCAAGGUGCAAUAGCACAUUUUCGGUCUCUAAUCUAACUAUCCUUACAUUCUUAUCAGUUAUGUGAUGAUCUUCUUAGCUUUGUAAUAUUUUUCCACCAUGUGGUUAUGCAUUUUCGGCUUAUCUUGUCAUUGGUAGUGUUUCCAUGUUGGCUUUGGCUGUGGUGGUGUCAGAAUAAAGGGAAUGUUCAGGACAUUUUGACCUUUUUGCGCACGUUGAAAGAGUUAAAAGGGUCAGAUAAAACAUCAAAAAGAAAAAAAAUUAUAUAACAGAUCUUGCCAAACUCCUUUUGUGCAUCUUAACUUAAGAUUUCCAGCUUGAAUUAAAAAAAAAUACAGAAAAGCAGCAUAAUCUGCUGCUAUUACUUGACCUUGAAUAUAGUCACAUGCACCCAGUUUCGUGUUGAUAAAGCCAUCAUCUCCAUUUAGCCUUCGUGCAUCCUGAAACUCUUAAAGAAGAAGGGAUAUAUUUAUGCUAAGUGCCAUCAUUUUCUAUGAGUUGAAACAAUAUUGGAGGUGUUGCAAACCUCGGUUUUUGAAAGUUAUUUCGGCCAAUAAAUUGUGUUUCCAGCACGUAUUGGUAGUGAGUCAAUCUUUGGUGCUUCAGCCAACAUUUAAAGGCCUUUUCUUGACCAGUUUUUUCCCGUGUAUAUUAGGUGAUGCUUUUUAAACUCAAUCUCUUACAGAAGUUCAUGUUGUUGGUGACGCAAGUCAGCGCAGUGUGACAUUUUGUUUGUUGUAUUGAUUUUCUUGUGUGGUUAGCCCCUCACAGCCGCAGGACCAGCACAGAAAAGGUCACAUGGUUACACUACCAGUGAUAAGAGCCAGGAGCAGGGCUGGGUCAUGUGUUAAAAACUCUUUGCGUUGAUUUGUACUGUAUCUGCUUUAUUCUGCAUUGUGGAGGUUUGUACGACAAUCCAGUACAAAGCAAUGUGCCAAACAAAAUCAGUCAGCCACAGAAAAGAUAUGGAAAAAUUCACAAUUUGUCGUAACCCGACCCAGAGCUCUGUAGUUUUUAGAUCAAUUUUCCAUUAUGGUGUCUUUUUCCUAAAUGAAGCUUGUGUGUUAAGCCUCAGUAUUAAUGUAUUUAUUGAAAGACUUGCCAAGUGAAGGUACUGAAACGGUCAUUAUAAUAUUUUGGUGGUUAUGAUCUUGAGUUAGUGACUGCUGUGUGUUUACAUGUCCGCCAUUCUCCGCUCUCUUCUCCCGUACUUGAUUGGACUGUGUAUUCUUUCCCUGGGUCGAAGGCACUGAAACUGCACCACUGCAAUGGGCCUGCGUUCAUGCAACUUAGAUGUUCGUUCAAGCACGCUCGUUGGUACUCUGAAGUGUGCGCGUAUGCGUGUGUGUAUGUAUGUGUACACUUUUGACGGCUAUUGCUUAUUAUGCUUGAGAUCCAUUCUGAUUAGAGGGAUGGACAUGCAGUGAUAUUAAAAGCUAUCUUUGCAUCUUUUGUUUCUUUUGUAAGGUUGACACACCUUAACACGUGUAUUUAGGACCACUUAAGAUGACAGACUUUUUUAAAACAGUUAAAAAUAAACUUUGUGUAGUGGUGUACAAAUUGAAAGUAAUGUAUUUUUGUUUGAUUUUUUUUUUUCUUCUUCUUUUUUUUUUUAAGUAUACCAAAUGUAAAUUAUGUACAAUGAGUGUGCCAAUCCCCUUUCUUUGUAAAGCCAGACUCUUAACAAGUGCCAAUGUUGUGAAAAAUCAGAGGGCCUGUGAAUUUCAUGGUCCAGUUUUUAAAACAAAUAAACACUUACGUAUGUGAUUAAUUAACUAAAAAAAAGGACAAUUUUAUUCUAUAUUUAAGAUUAAUGAUGAACUGCUGUUUUUAAGAUAAAUGUCAUUUUAAUUGCAUGUGUUUGUCAGGUUGGGGAGGGAGUGGGUGGGUGAGAUACUGUAUUCAUGCAACGCCCUCAUGAAAAGGGUCCUAAUGGUUAUUGAUUUACAGUAUUUUAGCCAUAUUUCUCUUUUGUAUGUUUCAUUUCAACCACUGUUGCCUGAACCUCAUUCAAACAUGAAAAUGAUUUUCAUAGCCUUCUCCUUUAAAUGUUUUAAAUUGGAAUAAAAUAUGUUCCUAUACUCUC